CUCUACACGCAUUCGAGGGAACCCGGAGGGGCCCAGGCGGGUGAAGGCGGAGGGAAGUCCUUCUGCCAUCCUGGACUAGAACCGCCGAGUCGGGAGUUUUACGGCCAUGGCUGAUCCUGGGAACAGAGGAUGGAUCCACCGCCCCUUGAGUCUCACCUGCUCCCUGCUCAUUGUGGGAAUUUGCUGUGUAUCUCCUUUCUUCUGCCAUAGCCAGACAGACCUGCUGGCUCUUAACCAAGCUGAUCCUCAGUGCUGGGAAUCCUCCUCAGUGCUUCUCCUGGAAAUGCGAAAGCCUCGCAUUUCCAACACUGUUUCAGGGUUCUGGGAUUUUAUGAUCUACCUGAAGUCAUCUGAGAACUUGAAGCAUGGAGCACUGUUUUGGGAUCUGGCCCAACUCUUCUGGGACAUCUAUGUGGACUGUGUGCUCUCUAGGAACCAUGGCUUAGGAAGGAGGCAAGUGGUUGGAGAGGAAGAGAAAAUCUCAGCAGCACAGCCACAGCACACAAGAAGUAAACAAGGUACAUAUUCUCAGCUCCUAAGGAUCGCUUUCUUAAAGAAGAAAGAGUUGAUUGAAGAUUUGAUAAGCAUGCAUGUGCAUAGGAGUGGGUCUAGUGUCAUUGGAAAAGUGAACCAGGAAAUAAAGAGAAGAUAAUUGGAACUUGGAGCUAA